GAAGAGCAAGAAUGUACGGUCGUCAGUGGGGCGAAACUCAUUCCUUCUUUCGUUUUCACGGAGGUGUGUGACGUCAGAGCAACACGCUGGAGAGAAGGAGUGUCUGGUGCCAGCGUGCACUUCGGUAGUUCGUGGGUUGCCGCUUUGUUGGUUGCACGGAUUUUUCGCCUGUGUCGUGCGAUGUGUGCAUAGUGCGCAACAGUUUGUGAUCGUGCUGGAACAGCGGUAAUCCCCGAAGGCAUAGACAGUGUUGACACACAUGGGUGCAUUGCUGGGAACAUCUGCAGAUGUCAUGAUGCAUAUGGGCUUCUUAGUGCUUCUGGUACUGAUGCCAACGACAUUCGCACAGAGUGGCGUAUACACAGUGGUGGCUCCAAAGCAGUUGCGGCCCAACCUUCAGUACCAUGUCAGCGCGUCGCUAAGCCAAGCCAGUUCCCCCGUCGACGUUCGGGUGUCCGUCACGGGAACCUCCGAUAGCGGAAACUACAAUGCUAUCAGCAAGCAGGCAGUGCUACACAACCGUGACACACAAGUAAUGAGCUUCGAGAUCGGUGAUUGGGGUCCAGGGAAAUACAAGCUCCUCGUAACAGGCUCCGGCGGUCUGUCGUUCAACAACGAGACAGAGCUCACUUACGAGCACAAAAGUUAUUCUGUUUUUGUACAGACAGAUAAAGCAGUUUACAAGCCUGGCCAGAAAGUUCUCUUUCGUGUUAUUGUGGUAGACCCGUACCUCCUUCCCACUGUGACUGGGGCUAUUGAUGUGCAUAUUGCUGAUGCCAAAGGAAACCGAAUACAAAAGUGGGAUCGAGUGUUCACACAGAGGGGGUUAUUCUCGUCUGAGCUGCAGUUGUCCGAUCAGCCUGUUCUUGGGGAUUGGUCCGUGAAUGUCCUUGUCUUAGGACAAGUGUUCAAAAAGUCAUUCACGGUUGCUGAAUAUGUACUGCCCACUUUUGAAGUAAAAGUAACUCUGCCAAAGUAUGCUACGUACAACAGAUCUGAAGUAGUUGCCACAGUGUCUGCCAUGUACACAUAUGGGAAACCUGUGAAGGGACAAGUGACUCUUACAGUCACUCCUCGAACUCGCUAUCACCAGUUAAGACCGAGGCCCUACGAACAGUACCAGACAAAGACAAGCAUUGAUGGCAGCGUUGACAUUCCAGUGACAAUUGUCAGGGAUCUUAGGCUGAAGACUGACUAUUUUUUGCGUGAGAUCGAGUUUUUUGCUUUGGUCACUGAAGAGCUGACAGGGCGCAAGUACAACUCAACAAGCUACAUCACUGUCUAUGACAAAGACGUCAAGGUAGAACUCAUCAAAACGGCUGAAAGAUUCAAACCUGGUCUCAAGUUCACAUGCUUUCUGAAAGUGGCCCACCAAGAUGACACUCCUCUUACUGGAGAGAAUCAGCUAACAUUGCGGUAUGGCUAUAACUACAACGAAGACAUGUGGCUGUCUGAACAGCAUUGGGUGCCUAGCAACAGCAUCAUCCGUCUCGAGUUCUUCCCACCCAACGUCAAUUCGACUGUCGCACUUAGCAUGCAGGCUGAGCUCUUUGGUCAAACUCAUUACCUGGACACCAUCUUCCCAGCAAAAUCUCCAAGUCACAGUUUCCUUCAGGCCUCAAUAACCACAGAGGACCCAAAAGUUGGAGAUCUCGUUGAGUUCAGUGUGAAUGCAACAGAUCCACUUGACCACAUUGUGUAUGAGGUGAUGGGACGUGGUGACAUAGUCUUCGCGCAGACAUUGACAGUCCCUGGUUUGAAGUCUUAUCGCUUCAGCUUUUCGGCAACAUUUCGCAUGGCUCCCAAAGCACGUGUUUUAGUGUAUUAUGUGAGGAAAGAUGGAGAAGUUGUUGCAGAUGCUGUAAACUUUGAUGUCGGGGGCAUUCUUCGUACACCUGUCCACGUUCAAACGAGUGUCUCUGAAACAAAACCAGGUGCUCCAGUGGAUAUUUUAGUAGCAACAAAACCGAAUGCUUUUGUUGGUUUGCUGGGAGUUGACCAGAGUGUACUGCUUCUCAAAACUGGGAACGACCUCAGCCAGCAGCAGGUUAUUGACGAACUGGAGUCAUUUGACAGCGGAAAACGAGCAAAGAUGUGGCCGCCAUGGUACAGACGUAGGAGGAGGUCUCUUUGGUGGCCAGGGUCCUCAACUGCCAAUGAUUUAUUCAAGGAUGCAGGAAUGGUGGUGCUCACCAAUGGCCUGGUAUAUGACUAUGAUGACCAGACACAGGGACGGGAUAAAUCAAUUCGCCUCGACCCUGAUGUGGCAAACACCCCCGUCCUUCCACCUGGCGGACUGCCUGAAGCUCCACCUUCAGUUCCUGGUCGUAUUAGGCUGCGCAAACAAUACCCUGAAACUUGGCUUUGGAGCAAUACCACUGCCAGCGAUGAUGGUCGCGCCCGUGUUUCAGCUGUUGUGCCAGAUACCAUCACAUCAUGGAUUGUCAGUGCAUUUGCAGUUGACUCACUCACUGGACUUGGAAUAUCCCCCUCUCAGGCAAAGGUAACAGUGUUUCGUCCCUUCUUCGUGACGGCCAGCUUGCCCUAUUCUAUCUUCAGAGGAGAGUCUGUGGCAAUUCAGUGUGUUGUGUUCAACUAUAAUGACAAACCUGUUGAGGCAGAAGUGACUUUAGAAAACCGCAAAGGCGAGUUUGUCUUCACAUCCCUCGCUAAUGAUGUCGAUGGGGCAGAUAAUAAGCAACGACGGACAAAGCGAGUUAGGGUUCCUGCACAAGAUGGUGCCCCUGUAUCAUUCCUCAUCACACCUUUGAAAUUAGGGUACAUUGAUAUCAGAGUGUCUGCAACAUCUAGCUUGGCAGGUGAUGCCAUCUUGAAAAAGCUUCUUGUCAAGCCUGAAGGCUCAAAGCAGUACUUCAACAAAGCCCUGCUCAUCGACAGAAGGAAUCCGUCUGCUCCACCUACAAAGUCUAACAUUAGCAUUCCAAUUCCAAAGAAUGCAGUGAAAGGAUCAGAAAAGAUAACUGUCUCAGCUAUCGGUGAUCUGUUAGGUCCCAGCGUCAAUAAUUUGGACCGGCUAUUGAUCAUGCCUCAUGGUUGCGGUGAACAGAAUAUGAUAGGCUUUGUGCCAAACAUCGUUGUUUUGGAGUACCUGGACAGGGCUAACAGACUGACGCCGGCCGUCAGAGGGAUGGCACUCAGGAAUCUCGAGAAAGGAUAUCAAAGGCAGAUGACGUACAAAAGGGAUGACAACUCCUUCAGCGCUUUUGGGAAUACAGAUAAGAGUGGAAGCACAUGGCUCACUGCAUUCGUGUUGCGCUCACUUCACCAGGCAGAGCCUCAUAUUACCAUUGACGAGGAUGUGCUCACAAAUGCUACCAAGUGGCUGGUGGCGCAAAUGAAUGACGAUGGCUCUUUUAACGAACCUGGCGAGAUAAUCUACAAGCCGAUGCAGAGUGGAGCUGGAAGUGGAGCUGCUCUAACAGCGUACGUCCUGAUCGCCCUACUGGAAAACGAGGCAAAACUUAAUUAUCCCAAUGUUGUGGACCAAGCAGAAGAAUACCUGUUGAAGGAGCUGAGAACUAGCAGUGAUCCCUAUGUUGUGUCCCUGAUCACCUACGCACUGCACCUGUCUGGAAACAGGGCUAAAGACCAUGCAUUCAGUCAGCUGGUUGGUCUGGCAACACGGGAAGAGAAUGCUCUGUACUGGAAGGACCCUGUUGAGGCUAUCAACCGUACAGACAAGCAGUCUGACCAUUUCUUCAAGCCUCACUACAAGGAUGUAGAGAUGACUGCAUAUGCUUUGCUUACCUAUGUGUUGCGAAGAGAUAUUUCCAACGGGGUGAACAUCAUGCGCUGGCUUAUUUCACAACAGAAUGCCAAUGGAGGAUAUACUUCUACACAGGACACUGUGAUUGGCAUUCAAGCCCUGGGCCAGUUGGCUGCUGAAGUGGUAUCUCAAACCAUCUCUAUUGAUGCAACAGUGAAAUAUGAAGAUGGUAGGAGUCGCACACUCAAGAUAAACAGUGGAAAUGCAUUGAUACUGCAGACUAUUGAACUACCUCCAGAAGUAAGCUCUGUUGAAAUUGAAGCCACUGGAUUUGGCGUAGGAAUUAUACAGGUUUCGUGGUCAUUCAAUUUGGCAGUCUCAUCUGAGGCUCCCUCAUUCUUUCUCAACCCUCUUGUGGACAAGACUUCAACAGAGAGCUAUCUUCAGCUUAGUAUCUGCACUCACUAUCGUGGUGAAGGCAAUGCUAGCAACAUGGCCGUCAUGGAAGUUGCGUUGCCAUCGGGAUACCUUUUUGAUUUUGACACCUUGAGUAGUAUCCACCGCACCAAAGAAGUACGCCGUGUAGACAGCGAAGAUGGAGAUACUAAUGUUGUGAUCUACUUCGACAGGAUUGGAAAAGAAGAGCUGUGCGUUACAGUGCCUGCCCACCGUGAACACAAAGUUGCAAACCAAAGACCUGUUCCUGUCAAGAUUUCUGAUUACUACAACCCAAGUCGUACAGCGAGGAUGUUAGUCCACCCUCCCAAAACCAAUCUCUGCAGCAUCUGUGAUGGAAACGAAUGUGGUGACCAAUGCAAUACAGUCGACACUGAUGGGCAAGCCGAACGAGAGAGCGAACCUGAUGCUGGCACAGUAUAUCAUGCAUCCACGUCUGUUGUGAUUGUUUUUACGGUGCUUGCACUUAUUUUACAGCAUUAGCUACUCCAUUGACAAAUUCUCGCAAAAGAUGCAGGUUCUAGUGUUCACUGUGCCAGUUAUGUCCAAUGAGCCUAGUGAACUGAAAAUAGAAAUAGCCAUCUACCUGAUAAUUUUGUGCUAGAUGCACAGAGAGAUUACAAAGUGCUAAUGCCUGCAGAUUUUAUUACUUCCGUGUUAUUGCAUAUAGAGGUAAAGUUCUCGACGGUACAUCUCUUACAGUGCAAUACCCUAGUAUCAGCCAUGAUGCCUCCCUUUCGUCUGGGAGGUAAAAUGAUUUUAGAAACAGUCCAUUAUUUUGUGUCAUGUCAUAGGUAUUUUCAAAUUCAUUGGUUUCUCCAUGCUCAUAUUGAUGAGAUGUGGUGUUCGUUCAGUGUUGCUUCCUUGGCAAUCUGCGUAUCAAGGUUUACAGGAUUUGGAAGCCUGCUCUUGAUACACUUACACCAUUGUUUUUAAAAUACAUAUGCUCACAAAUACUUUUACCUCUAUAUUCAAUAUGACAUUGGUCCCGUAUCAUGUAACGCAGCAGUUCGCAUUGUGUGAGGACAUGUAAAUGCAAAAAUGAAAACAAGGCAGCAGCUCUUAACAUUUUAUGUAUAUAAUCCAUAGUUGAAAGGAUAGAGCCUUUUUGUACAUAGAUCAGACAACCUCUUCAAUGUGUGUUACAGCAAUUGUACAUAACUCGUUCUUAUAGUGUGCAUCUUUUGUGGUUAAAAAAAUAAAAUAAAAAAAUCAUCUGCAUUUUAGACAUUCCAAUUUCAUAUGUUGCACUUGGGCUAAUUGAAGCUGAAGUGAAUUUGAAUAAGCUCUAGCUACAAAAACACAUGCCUAUUCCUGCUCGACAUUUCUGUUAUAUUCAGUAAAUUUUAGGCACACAGACAUGUAGCAUACAAGAAGCAUUUAUAACCUUUGUAAAUCUAUAUGUGAGGCAUGUUCUUCUUUACAGCCUGUUAUAUAUAUUUUUAGCCUUGCAAGUCUGUGCAAUGUGCACACAAAUCAGGAAUUGCCAUAGGGUAUACUUUAUUUCUGUAUUGCUUCUUGGCUUUGACUUCAGUGUAUUUUCAUGUGAACUCACUUAUGGCAUGACAUUUCUGCAUGACAUUUCUGCAUGUUUGUUGUCACAUCAUGACUGUUUAAUUUUGCACUAUUUAUUCAGAGAUAACAAAGUAAAGUGAGUGGUACUUGAGUGUAUGGACUUCUAAAAGUGAAUAUCACCUGACUGCUGGCAGAAUUAAAUCAUAAUAAAGGUUGUCUGUUUUUUAA